AAAGACCGGGUGAAGGGGCGAAAGAGGCAGGUUUUCUCGACCCCCUUUCCCAGGCUAUGGCCCCCAGUUCCCUGUAGAUCUGGCAGGACCCCAGUGCAUACGACCCCUAUUUCGGGGUCUGGGUGGCUACUGGAGGGCCUUGCAGAGGGGCAGAGAAAGCAAGACCAUGACUUCUAGGUCUUCUGAAACUUCCCCAGGGCGCAGCGUGACGGCUGGCAUCAUCAUUGUUGGAGAUGAGAUCCUUAAGGGCCACACUCAGGACACCAACACCUACUUUCUGUGCCGGACGCUGCGCUCCCUGGGGGUCCAGGUGUGCCGGGUCUCUGUUGUACCUGAUGAGGUAGCCACCAUUGCAGCUGAGGUCACCUCAUUUUCCAGGCAGUUCACUCAUGUCCUCACAGCAGGGGGUAUUGGCCCCACUCAUGAUGACGUGACCUUUGAGGCAGUGGCACAGGCCUUUGGGGAUGAGCUGAAGCCACACCCUGAGCUGGAAGCCGCCAUCAAAGCCCUGGGAGGGGAGGGCCGGGAGAAGAUGACUCUGGUGCCUUCCUCUGCCAGCCUGCACUACGGCACUGAUCCUCGAACCGGCCGCCCCUUCAAGUUCCCACUGGUCUCUGUCCAAAACGUCUACCUCUUCCCAGGCAUCCCGGAGCUUCUACGGCGAGCACUGGAGGGGCUGAAGGGAUUGUUCCAGAACACAGCUGUUCAGUUCCACUUGCGGGAGCUGUAUGUGGCCGCUGAUGAGGCCUCUAUUGCCCCCAUCCUGACGGAGGCCCAGGCCCACUUUGGGCGCAGACUUGGCCUCGGUUCCUACCCUGACUGGAGCAGCAACUACUACCAGGUGAAACUGACCCUGGACUCAGAAGAGGAAGAGCCUUUGGAGGAAGGUCUGGCCUACCUGACAGCCCGUCUUCCCCAGGGAUCACUGGUCCCCUACAUGCCCAACGCUGUGGAGCAGGCCAGUGAAGCUGUGUACAAACUCACCGAAUCAGGAUCUCCUCUGGGACAAAAAGUGGCAGGCGCCCUGCAGACCAUUGAAAAGGGCCUGGCUCAGUACACCCUUACCCAGCUCUGCGUGGGCUUCAAUGGGGGCAAGGACUGCACUGCCCUCCUUCACCUAUUCCACGCAGCUGUUAGGAGGAAAUGCCCAGAUGUCCAAGAACCCCUCCAGAUCUUGUAUAUCCAAAGCAUUGCCCCUUUCCCUGAGCUGGAGCAGUUUCUACAGGACACCAUCAAGAGGUAUAAUCUGCAUGUACUGGAGGCUCAGGGGGACAUGAAACAGGCUCUGGGUGAGCUGCAGGCACGGCAUCCCCAACUGGAGGCCGUCCUGAUGGGCACCCGCCGCACUGACCCAUAUUCCUGCAGCCUGCUUCCCUUCAGCCCCACGGACCCAGGCUGGCCUUCAUUCAUGCGAGUCAACCCACUGCUGGACUGGACCUACAGAGACAUCUGGGACUUUCUGCGUCAACUGUUUGUCCCUUACUGUAUCUUGUAUGACCGAGGGUACACAUCACUGGGGAGCCGGGAGAACACUGUUCAGAACCCAGCCCUGAAGUGCCUGAGCCCCGGAGGAUACCCCACCUACCGCCCGGCUUACCAACUGGAAAAUGAGGAUGAGGAGCGGAACUCCCGCACAUGACCUGUGCCCUCUUUGGGAGGGAGGGGAGGUGGCUGUCCUGCGGUGUAACCUCCAAUAAACCACGUUUCUAACUGUG